AUGCUGUUGUUGCAACUGGUCUUGCUCACGGUUCUUGUCCCAGGUGGUGACAGUGACGACGACUUCCAGGAGCCAAUCACUUUUCGAAGCAUCAUGACAGCAUCCUUUUACAACCAUUCCUGGACACAAAAUCUGGGCUCUGCUUGGCUGGAUGGGCUGCAGACUCAUGGCUGGGACAGCGAGAAAGGCAUUUUCAUGUACAAGCGGCCUUGGUCCAAGGGCAACUUCAGCGAGAAGGAGCUGAGGGAAGAGGAAAGGACAUUACAGACAUUCUCCAUGAUUUUUCCUUUGAUAUUUCAGAACCAUGUUCGUCAAUGGCAACUUGAAUAUCCCUUUCAGGUACAGGUGGCAAAAGGCUGUGGACUACAUGUUGGGGAGCCAUCAGUAGGCUUCAUGAAGAUUGCAUAUGAAGGAUCAGAUCUCGUGAGCUUCCAGAACAUGUCAUGGUGGCCAUCUCCGAAAGGAGGAAGGAGGGCUCAGCAGGUCUCCAAACUAUUCAAUCAGUACCAUGUGGUCAACUUAAGAAUACGAGCACAUAUUAUUGACAUCUGCCCCCGUUUCCUCUUGGGUCUUCUAGACGCAGGGAAGGCAGAUCUUCAGCGGCAAGUGAGGCCAGAGGCCUGGCUGUCCACUGGCCCAAGUCCGGGGCCUGGCCAUCUGCUCCUCGUGUGCCACGUCUCUGGUUUCUACCCAAAGCCAGUAUGGGUGACGUGGAUGCGGGGUGAGGAGGAGCACCAGGGAACCCGGCGAGGUGACAUCUUGCCCCAUGCUGAUGGGACAUGGUAUCUUCAGACGUCCUUGGACGUGGAAGCCAGAGAGGCAGCCGGCCUGUCUUGCCGAGUGAGACACAGCAGUCUAGAAGGCCAGGAUAUGGUCUUCUACUGGGAGCAACACCGCCCUGUGGACUUGCUCUUCCUGGUGGUGAUCGUGCCUCUGGUGCUUCUGGCAGGUCUUGCCUCCUGGCUCUGGAAGCGUCGGAAAUCACACAAGACACCUCAGUGUACUGGCCUCCCUUUGGAGUGA